AUGCUGGAAGCGUCUUUGACGACGGGUAUCUUCAUCGACUGUCUCUUCUACGUGUACUCCUAUCGCACAGCGGAUGGAACCGUCAACACACCACUUCCGCUUUAUGCAAGCAGCGAGGUUCUCAAGAGGACUGCAGAACACUUCCAAUCGCUUAUCUCCGGAGGAUUCUCGGAGAGCUUUGAGGGAGGUAGCGCGGGAACGUCAGUCAAGUUGCUCACCAUGAUUGCAGCAGACGAGUAUGGAUACGACUCUGACAGCGACCUGGAAGAGGAGGAGGAGGAGGAAGAAGAAGAGGAGGGGCCGAAGAAAGAGGAGGAACUAGUUCACGAAGGCGAGCCCUCUUUGAACGGCGGUCUCUUCUCACCGGCACUCCAAUCCGUCAACGAGAGGGUCCGGAAGGACGUAUCAGUGGCUACUGAACCUACUGAACCCUCUGCGGCGGGGCCGCCAUAUGCGGGAUUGCUCGUGCCUCCGGGAGAAUCGCCAAAUGGCCCCCAGUCGAAUGGCGUGCAUGCCGCAGCCCAGGAAGAUCCGGCUGGCUCAUCUUCUACGGCAAGCGUCGAGGACGAAUUCCAGCCUAUCUCCACCGGCAUUCCUGUGGACCACGUCGUUGUCAUUCCUGAUGUUGCCUUCAAAACGUUCAAAGCCCUGAUGUACUACGCCUACACGGGCGAGAUCAGCUUCGCAGCACUGAAAUCUGCUCGGCUUGCCUCAGGUCCCGCUAUCUCUCCAAACCCUGCGCUGGCAUGCUCACCGAAGUCGAUGUAUCGUCUCGCAGACAAAUAUGGAAUGGUCGAGCUUAAGGAUCUCGCGGCGAAAAACAUUCGCUCUCAGCUGUCUUCAAGGAACGCGAUGCGCGAGGUGCUGUCAGACUUUACGGCAAGGUACCCUGAGGUUAUACGCAUCGAAACGGACUUCAUCUGCGGAUCGAAUGCUAGGUUGAACUGCUUCUCCGAAUUGCCGCAGUGGACAGAAAAACUUGUUGGAGGCGAGCUCCCGCAUGCGGGGGAUGCCCUUGCUGAGCUCAUCCGAAAGCUGGCCGGUGGAUCAUAGGAAAUCAGUAAAUCUGCUCACAGACAACCCUACACCGCACAGAAAUUAUACACUU